UGGCUAGGGCCCUUUGCUUACAGCACACCCUGAGCUUUAAAAGGCUGGGCUGGAGGUCUGAGGAGGUACACUCUCCUCUCCUCCUGAGUGCUGUGUGGGUCGGUGGGACAGCUUUUCCAUCCUCCAGGCCUGUAAUGCAGGCAUCACCACAGAGCUGGGCCUUCAGGCUGAUCCCUCUCCUCCUGGCCUCUCUCCUGCUUGCCGUUACCGGGAGAACUGUCACGGUUGAAGAGGAGCAGGAGAAAGAGAGGGACCCAGCCUAUUGGAAUGCUCAGGCCAAGGAGACACUCCAAGCCGCGCUGAGACUCCGCCCCCGAGUGCACCGCGCCAAGAACAUCAUCCUCUUCCUGGGGGACGGGAUGGGCGUGUCCACUGUGUCCGCGGCUCGCAUCCUGAGGGGCCAGAUGGACGGAAGGUCGGGGGAGGAGACAGUGCUCGCCAUGGAUACCUUCCCUUACCUUGCGCUCUCUAAGACGUACAGUGUUGAUAAGCAGGUAGCAGACAGCGCUAGCACGGCUACAGCGUACCACUGCGGAGUGAAGGCUAACGCUAAGACAGUGGGCCUUAGCGCCAAUGCAGUGGCCUACGAGUGCAACACCACGUUUGGGAAUGAAGUGUACUCCGUGCUACAUCGCGCCAAAGCACAAGGGAAGUCAGUGGGCAUCGUGACCACCACUCGUGUACAGCAUGCCUCUCCUGCUGCCGCCUAUGCCCACUCAGUGAGCCGUAGCUGGUACAGCGAUGCCGACAUUCCCUCUAGUGCCCGCCGACAGGGCUGUGUCGACAUUGCCACACAGCUGGUGACCAACGUUGACAUUGAUGUUAUCCUGGGUGGGGGGCGGAUGUAUAUGACACCAAAGGGAACUCCAGACCCUGAGUACCCCACUUCCUCGUCCCGGAAAGGGGAUCGGAAAGAUAAGAGGAACCUCAUUGACGUCUGGAUGAAGGCCCAGCAGCACAAGAAUUCCCAGUAUGUUUGGCACAGGAAGCAGUUUGACGAGAUUAAUGUAAAGACUACUGACCGUCUCCUGGGUCUCUUUGAGCCAAAGGACAUGAGGUUUGAGGUUUUCCGGAAUGCCACUCGUGACCCGUCCAUCGUCGAGAUGACAGAGAAAGCCAUUCAGAUCCUCAGCAAGAACCCCAAAGGCUACUUCCUCUUUGUAGAAGGAGGGAGAAUUGACCACGGGCACCAUGAUGGCAUUGCCAAGCUGGCGCUGACUGAGGCUGUGAUGUUUGACCGGGCGGUACAACGAGCCUCCCGGCUCACCAGAGAAUCAGACACCCUCACUGUCGUAACCGCAGACCACUCCCACGUCUUCACCUUCGGAGGAAACACCCCCCGUGGAAACCCCAUCUUUGGUUUGGCACACAAGAAGGCAGAUGAUAGGAUGCCAUUCACUAGCAUCCUGUAUGCCAACGGUCCUGGUUAUGUACAUGUGAAUGGAACGAGAGGAAACAUCACAUUGGUGGAUUACUACGAUGAAGAGUACAUGCAGCAGGCUGCAGUUCCUCUGGACUCUGAGACCCACGGCGGGGAGGAUGUGGCCAUCUACGCCAAAGGCCCCAUGGCCCACCUCUUUCACGGGGUCAAAGAGCAGAACUAUAUCGCCCACGCCAUGGCCUACGCAGCCUGCAUCCCACCCUACACGGACUGCCCACCACAUCCGCCCGCCUCAACCGGACACACACACACCUUCUCCGGGCUGCUUCUCUGUCUGGCCAGCCUCCUCUGGCUCCUGUUCAGAUGACGACACACAAUCCGACAAUCAUGGGUACAGUGUACAUAUUAGGACAGUUACCGGUCCACGAAAGUUGUGUCAGAGAUGGUGAAAACGUUCUAGAAAGUUCUAGGUUGUCUAUUUUGGAGAAGUGACUAGAUUGCUAUGUCAUAUUGCACUGCAGCAAUUUUUAACCAUCCUCAUAAGGUUCUAAAUGGAACAUGUAAGGUGCUAUAAAGAUAAUUUUGUUAAGGUUCUAUAAAGAACCGUUAAGAAAUAUUCAAUAUAGCACCAAAACAGGGUUCCGCUAUGCUUACAACCCUGUUUGGGACUAUAAAGAACCCUUUUUUAUGGUUCUUUAUAGAACCUUUAUGGAGAAUGGUUCUAUAAAUAACCUUUCACAAUCUGAAAGGUUCUUUGUAGAUCCUUUUGAAGAACCAUAAAUCAAUCAAUCAAGUUUAUUUUAUAUAGCCCUUCGUACAUCAGCUAAUAUCUCGAAGUGCUGUACAGAGACCCAGCCUAAAACCCCAAACAGCUAGAAUGCAGGUGUAGAAGCAUAAAGGGUCUUUUAAUCUGGUCAGUCAUAUUAUAUUGUUAAAAUUCCAUCUGUUUUAUUAUUGUGUUAAUUGACAAGUAGAAUCAAGCGAGCUACCUCUGGAACAACUGGGGGUCCCUGUGGAGAGAAUUGAGAAGUACUGAUUGAUUUAGUCAACCGUUCUCAAUUGACACAAGGUCUUACGCGAGUCUUUUACAAGACACCGUCACUGGCCACAGUCAUAUAUAAUAUGUCAUGGAAUAACACGACACAUUAGAUAAACUGGAAUUACACUCUUACUCACGGUUGCACGAAAAGAGCUGUGACUAAAACCACGGUCCAAAAUAUUCACAUGAGCCACUAAAAGAGCAAAGAAUCAUUUUCUGAACUGUAAAGAACCAUUUGGUUAUUGGAGUCAUUAUGGUUCCACUUAGAACCAUCACAAAUCCCAAAAGAACCCCUUGAGGAACCCUCAUUUUUUAGUGUGUACACUAUUAAUGUGGUUUGCAGUGAAACUGGAAAAAAGGAGACCUGGAAUGUCACCAAGAUGUAUUUCCUAGUAGAAGUAGGCCUUACUAUAAACUCCGAAGAGAUGGGGUCUGUAUAUUUUAUUUGCAAUCACUAAUAACUGGACUAAGCCAAUGAGAUGACUGGUAACUAAAGAAGAUGUAGUGGCUUAAAUAGUAUGGUCAGGUAUUUAAAUCGUUACUAUGGCAAUUUAAAAUGGAGCUGACCAUAGCUCAAAUAAACCUAAAUACUAUAUAUAGAGAUGUUUUUAUGUUAAAUGCACAUGUUUAGUAUUAGUGGAUUAAAUACAUCUCUUUGCUUAGAUGCAUUUCCUAAAGUGUUUCCAUUCCCCUUUAAGCAGUAUGGUCAGGUAUCCCAGACACAGGUCAAGCCUAGGCGUCCCGCUAGAGGGACAACUUUUGGUGAAACUGGAGGGCGCGCAAUUCAAAUAAAUAAUCAUACAAAUUAUGGAUAUUUAACAUUUAGGUACAUAGAAGUGUCUUAUAUCGGUUGAAAGCUUACAUUCUUGUUAAUCUAACUGCACUGUCCGAUUUACAGUAGCUAUUACAGCGAAAGCAUGCCAUGCAAUUGUUUGAGGACGGCACCCCACAUCAAAAUAGUUUCAUAAAUUCACAAAUAGCGAUUAAAUAUUCACUUACCUUUUGAAAAUCUUCCUCUGAUUUGUCAUCCAAAGGCUCCCAGUAGGGACGUCACUAGAGAUUCAUGGAUAGGGAGGCUAAGCCUCUUUUAGGGGGGUCUGGGCACACUCCCCCAGGAUUUGUUUUAAAGCCCCCAAAAUCAUCAUGUAUUUUUUAGAGUGACAACGGGUGUAAAAUUGAUCAAAAUAAGGUUAUUUUUGGUCAAGUUUGGCUAAAAGUUUACCUGUCUCAUAGUUUGUGUUAGACACUGAUCUGAUAUGACUUACUUACAUUCUAUCCAAAUAAAGAAAUUAAAGUCCACUCUGUCCCCAUCCAUCCAACACCAACAAAAGGCACAAAAAUGGCUGCACUAUCUAGCCAAAAUACUUUUGGGAUAUUAUUUUGAGAGAGAGAGAGAGAGAGAGAGAGCGAGAGAGAGAGAGAGAGAGAGAAAUGUGAAGAUAUGCAGGUCAUAUUAUACCAUUAGAAAAAAAUCUUUAUUUAAAUUUGUUGCUCAAAAUUAACCCAAUAAUUCAGACACAUGGAACCUCUUAAAUAGUAUCAUCCACAAUGGUGGGGCAAAACUAAAUUCAACUACUGAGCUGAAUACGAUUUUAAAAACUGAAAAACAAUUAGGAAUAAAAUCUGAUAAAGUAAGAUCCAAAACAAAUAUUAUAACCUAUGUUACAGAACUUCUCCUCCUGCUUCUCUCUUUUGAUGCUUAUUUUGUGGGUGGACGCAUCAAAGUGUACUUCCUAUUUUUAAAGGUGGCAAAGCGGUCAAUAACACUAUUGUGGCUUAGUGGCCCAAGCACUUCACCCUCAAUGGACAUGGCUGCAAGACUUGCAAGCCUUUUCUGACCUAUUGUCUUACGCAACCAGGAGUGCAGCCGGCGCAGUGCACGAAAGGACCUUUCACAGGAGCAGCUGAUCACAGGAACUGUGAGGUCAACCUGAAUGAUUUCCUUCAGAGAAGGAAACACAUCAUCAUCCAGGAGGUUAUGCACAGCAAGCAUAUCUUUGAGAGGACAUCCAGCCUCUUUUCCGGGCAAGAAAGUUUCUGGCCACCAACAUCUCUUCUGUUUAAACAUCCGUAGUACUUGGCAAACUCAGUUCAGCAUGAUGUAUCUAGGAAGUUUUUUUGAGUUGGGGCUGCAUGCCUGUAUGCCUUUGAGCAGACCUGCAUCUACAGUCGAGAAUCGCUGACCAAGCUCACAAACCAUCCUGUCCAAGCAGGGGAGCAACAUCUCUGUUUUCAUUGUUUGGGAACAUGACAAACAUAGAAAACCACAAAAUCUCCCAUUUUCCUUUGUUUGUGCUUUCUUGCUGCAUUUCCCUCUGGAAUAUUGUGAAUUUCACAGAGUGCUUUGGUUCUGUCAUAAAGUUCUGCGGCAAAUGCAUCUGUGUAUUUGCCUAUCAGUGUGUCACAUACGGCUUGUUUGCCGAAAUAAGCUUCUGCGAGGUCUACAGUCUCUUUCUGGAGGAACUUAUGAAGUCCCUCAGUUACAGAAAGAAGGGACUGAAACAUCAGUAGCAAAUACAUGGUGGAGAACAUAUGAAGCUUUGCUCUCAGACCAAUAGCCAUGGGGGAUCCAAUGGCAGAUAGACAAUCGAAAAUAGCAGUUAAAGUGUUCGGGACUGCAGUAUGGACCGCAGCUGGCAUGCCCAGCGAGUGUUUGAGAGCUGUACAAGUUCAGCUGAUGCUAUUCCAAGUUUAUACUGAGCUUCUUUGAACUUGUGGUGGUUAACUAGGGAUGUACUGAAAAACGAAUACACAUUCUCCAAGAAACUGGAAAACUCAGCAGCCUCCGAAAUAGCCCUGCAAGUAUGACACAACACCAAGUUAAGCUCAUGAGCACAGCAAUGUACAUAAAUUGCCUCCGGAUGCAGCACUCUGAAAUGUGCUGCACACCUCCUUUGGAUCCUCUCAUGACAGCUGCACCAUCGUAGGUCUGUUAGGCCUGCUACUCCUCUCAUUUGGAGUUGCUGUUGCAACUAAUUUGCUAUCGAUUGGGGAUCAAAAUGACUUGAUUUCUGCUAGUGCUAAUAAACGCUCUUUAACUGUCCCCUCUGUCACAUACCUAACACACAGAGCCAACUGUUCAGACUGCCCAUCACUGGCCUCAUCCGCCAUAAUGGCAUACAUUCCAGACUUUGACAUCUCAGAGACCAUGGUGUCCAUAAUCUCUUGAGCACAGCAUUCGAUCUGAGCAUCUGGAGAGAGAUACGUCACAUUUGAUGGAGUACUGUACCUUUGCAGGAAAGGGUCAAACUCCUUCAAAAGCUCCAUACAUUCUAGAAAGUUCCCUCUAUUUGUGCUUUCACUAGAUUCAUCAUUGGCACAGAAAGAGAGUCCCUGUCUUCCUAACAUUGAGGUGACCGCAACAAUUCUCCUCAGAUACUCCCUUCCCUCCGCAAUAUCACUAGCAUGGGCAGAUGUUAAAAUCUGCGCAAUGUUCCCAUGAGUGCUAGUUGCUUUGCCAUGCCACAACACUGUCUCUGUGUGUUUGUGCCAUUUCAUGUUUACCGAAGAUAAACAAAAGCUUUUUUUUCUAAUUUUUGCAGCCAUUACUGAAAAAAAGAAUCAAAUUGAAUGUUUUUGCCAAAAACUCAACAUGGAAAGCAGAAAGCUGUGUUUUGUGGACAGAGUACUCUACCCAAUUGUAUUUCUCAAACCAGCAUUGCUUAAAUGCCCUUUUCUGUGUACCAAAACCAAAGCUAUUCAGCUUCACUUGUCUGGGCCCAGUGUCUUUGUCACCUAAAUCGCUCUCAUUUCUGGAAGGAGUUGCUGCAGCGGCUUGAUUACUUGCUCUCUCUGGAUCUGUUUCUUGUCCCUCUUUCUCCGGGAAUACUUGCUCUCUCUGGAUCUGUUUCUUGUCCCUCUUUCUCCGGGAAUACUUGCUCUCUCUCACUAAUACAGCUCGCAUGUUGAUCUCUGCCUUGCAUAGAAGCCUCUCUUUCUGCAUGACCCUUCAAGAGUUCAUGAACAUCAUUUAUUUAUGCCUAACAAAAGUAAGACAUAUGCUGUACAAAUUUAACUGAAAGCUUAAACAUCUACUUGCUUUUUUCAUCACUAACUUUCAUCAGACAUGCUCCCACAGCCCUGUCAUCAGACAUAGUCCCUCAGCCCUGUCAUCAGACGUGCUCCCUCGGCCCUGUCAUCAGACGUGCUCCCUCGGCCCUGUCAUCAGACGUGCUCCCUCGGCCCUGUCAUCAGACGUGCUCCCUCGGCCCUGUCAUCAGACGUGCUCCCUCGGCCCUGUCAUCAGACGUGCUCCCUCGGCCCUGUCAUCAGACGUGCUCCCUCGGCCCUGUCAUCAGACGUGCUCCCUCGGCCCUGUCAUCAGACGUGCUCCCUCGGCCCUGUCAUCAGACGUGCUCCCUCGGCCCUGUCAUCAGACGUGCUCCCUCGGCCCUGUCAUCAGACGUGCUCCCUCGGCCCUGUCAUCAGACGUGCUCCCUCGGCCCUGUCAUCAGACGUGCUCCCUCGGCCCUGUGAUCAGACGUGCUCCCUCGGCCCUGUCAUCAGACGUGCUCCCUCAGCCCUGUCAUCAGACGUGCUCCCUCAGCCCUGUCAUCAGACGUGCUCCCUCAGCCCUGUCAUCAGACGUGCUCCCUCAGCCCUGUCAUCAGACGUGCUCCCUCAGCCCUGUCAUCAGACGUGCUCCCUCAGCCCUGUCAUCAGACGUGCUCCCUCAGCCCUGUCAUCAGACGUGCUCCCUCAGCCCUGUCAUCAGACGUGCUCCCUCAGCCCUGUCAUCAGACGUGCUCCCUCAGCCCUGUCAUCAGACGUGCUCCCUCAGCCCUGUCAUCAGACGUCCUCCCUCAGCCCUGUCAUCAGACGUCCUCCCUCAGCCCUGUCAUCAGACGUCCUCCCUCAGCCCUGUCAUCAGACGUCCUCCCUCAGCCCUGUCAUCAGACGUCCUCCCUCAGCCCUGUCAUCAGACGUGCUCCCUCAGCCCUGUCAUCAGACGUGCUCCCUCAGCCCUGUCAGCCUCCAGCUUCUUUCCCUCAUUUUUGUCUGCUGUGUUUUGACAUGUAUUGUUAUUAAGCUCAUUUAGACAAUAACUCAAGGCUUAAUAGGUGAUUAAUCAGUUUAAGUUUUAAUUUGUUUGUUUGAACUGGUAAAAUCUUAAUUUCUCACCGGAUUGGCCUUCGGCAGAGCUGCUGGCACUGCCUCUCUUGAAGAAUUUUGUUAGCUAGGCUACAGUAGAAAAACUGAGGAUAAUACAAUGACAUUGUGAUCAACACAGUCACCUUUUCUACAUAUGACCUACUAAUAAUUGUUUAACAAUGGCUACUGAAUGAAAGCAAUUGAGUAUGAAAAGAUAUGUGCAUGAUGUUACGUCAUCUGUCUCAUUUAUAGCCUGGCACAGAUAGCAAGACUACAUUAAAUACAACGUUAACUAGAUAUCAUCGCCACAUAACUUAUGUUGAGUUUAAAAGACACUGUUACCGUUAGCUAGCUCGCAACAUCUGUUACACUGUAACUUACAGGCAGCCUCACAUAAACACGUAUUCCUUAACAAAGCUUUGAUUAUGACCAAAGUCUAUAGUAGUGAAUACUCUCUCUCUCUCUCUCUCUGUUCUAACUUCCCACAAAUUCACAUCGUAGCCUAUCUGCUUGAAUCCGUCCUGUCAGAGCCUUUUCCUGUCAGUUUACUGUUAGCUAGCAGUCUCAAGCCACAGCAGUAGCUAAAGUUAACCAAAAUGUUAGAUACAAGUAGACCUAACUGUCACUAGCGUGUGCAGUAGUCUCUGCUGCAGCAGCCUCCCCCAGGUCCUAGUGCCUGCUUGGUAAGCAGUUUAAGAUGCGAUGGAAAGGUUGACGAAAAAAAAGAAAUCACUGAGAAAAUAUAUUGACUGAUAUAUUGAUUUAUUUAGGGGGGGGGAUAACGACGUAGUCUCGUUUUAUUAGAUAAAAUCCUUCUUUAUAUCCCAAAAGGUCUGUUUGGUUGGCGCCAUUGAUUUUAGUAAUCCACUCGUUCAACUUGCAAAGAAAGUAAUCCGAGAAUCUACCCCUAAACUUUGUUUCAAGAAGUCAAAAUAUGUUUAUAUUUAUUCCUCAGAAUACCCUAAAAUGUAAUCAAAUGAUAAUAUUUCUUACAGAAAGAAGUAUGUUAAUAGGAAACCGAUUUUAGCAGGUGUGUCUUGUCUUCUUGGUCGCCCGCAAACACGGAUUUCCAAGACCGUGUCCCUGUACUAAAUCUGUUAUUUCUUACUCGUUUUUCAAGUUACAAGCCUGACACCUUGAACAUAGACUACUGACACCAAAUGGAAGCCAUAGGAGUUGCAUCUUGGGAGCUUGAAUUGAGUAUGGCCUUAAAACUGGCCAUUGGAAGAGCAUGGUCUCUCAAAAAAACGAAAUUUCCGGUUGGUUUUUCUUUGGAUUUUCUCCCACCAUAUCUUUUGUGUUAUACUCGCCUACAUUGUUGUAACAUUUAUACAAACUUCAAAGAGUUUUUUUCCCAAUGAUACGAAUUAUAUGUAUAUCCUGGCUUCAGGGCCUGACUAACAGGCAGUUUACUUUGGGCACAUCAUUCAGACAGGAAGUGGAGAAAAAAGGAGCCUUAUGAAGUUAAGCCUAGUCCGUACUAAAAAACAUGUUCAACAUGCUUCUUAUUAUGUGUCUGGGGACUGGAAAAUACAGCUCAUUCUAAUUUCAUCAGUCCUUACCCUGUUAUUGCUUAGAUCCCUUGGCUUGGCCAAUGGUCAAAGGAAGUCAAAGGAAGUUGUUCUGUUGUUGUUCUGAGAACAUUUAGGAUGAAAUGCUCCCACUGAACUGUGUUAUGGACACAGUUUAGAAGUAAGCAGGAAGUUAACUGCCAUUUAGCAAAAGUUUAAAUGGUGUAUAUUGACUUUUUUGUUACCAGAUCAAUUGUCUUCUGCAGAUUGGACCUCAUAUUAGCAUUAUAAUCUUGUUUUUGUUGUUGAUUUUGAAAAUGAAUGUUUUUUUGUAUGAAGACCUUGUAUUUUUAUACAUUUGUAGAAGUUUCUUUUGAAUAUCUCCAAAAAUAAAAAUAAAAUUUGUUGA